UUUAGCAUAGGUUUAUUGAGUUUUCUAUGUGUUCUAUUUUAUUUGACAUUUGCAGAUUACUUGUAUUGUAGAAAAACAUGGGUUUGUUAAGAUGUCACAAAAUAUAACUGUAUAUUAGUCGGCCUCCAACUGAGAUCUCUGUUAAUGACAGCCUCAUUUGCUCAGCCUCAGUGACCAUUUGUCUUGGAGGCACAAGAACUUGGUGAAGGGGGAGGUUAAUUUACAUAUCCUUGAGGAUAUAACCUGAGGAAACAGAUCAGGCCAAGCAGUUAUCCACACUCUCCAGUCCUGAACACAGGAGCCACUUAACAGGAUUGUGCCGAGUGAUUUCACAGCUGGCAGACUUCAUUGAUGCAACUUUUUUUUUAUCUCUGCAAGAUACAGGACCACGAGACUUUUAACUUUGCUUUUUGAAAAGGUGUAAAUCCAAAGAGGAGGACUGAAAAUGUUGAAACUUUUAACAUUCUUGCCAGUACUCUUGCUGGGUCUGAUGACUUCACUGUCCUUUGGAGAAAUUGCUCAUUACUACAUCUACGAGGAAGAAGCCCCAGGAACAGUAAUUGCAGUUUUGUCAGACCACUUUAUGUUUAACUCCAGAGACAGACCUGCGAGCAAUUUUCAUCUCAUGAAGCAGUUUAACAGCUCUAUUGUUCUUGUCCAGGAAAGUGACGGGCAGCUAAGUAUUGGAGAGAAGAUAGACAGAGAACAUAUAUGCCAGCAGUCUCUAAAUUGUAUCCUGGCCCUGGAUGUGGUCAGUUUUUCCAAGGACCAGCUGCAGCUAAUUAAUGUGAAAUUAGAGGUAAAAGACAUUAAUGAUAACAGCCCUCACUUCUCCAGUUCUGAGAUACAUGUGGACAUUUCUGAAAAUUCACCUGUGGGUACCAGGUUUCCUUUGCAAAUGGCAAUAGAUGAAGAUAUUGGAACAAAUUCAAUUGUGAACUAUGAAAUCUCUGUUAAUAGUCAAUUCAGUAUUGACGUGCAGACCAGAGCAGAUGGGGUUAAAUAUGCAGAUUUGGUACUCAUGAAUGAGCUGGAUAGAGAAAGACAAUCAACCUACACAUUGGAACUGGUAGCUAUGGAUGGAGGAAGCCCACCACUAUCAGGCAGUGCAGUGGUUAAAGUUCGUGUCCUGGACUUUAAUGAUAACAGCCCUGUUUUUGAGAAGAGUGCUGUCACAAUUGACAUAAUGGAAGAUGCUCCUGUAGGCUACGUUCUAAUGGACCUGAAUGCAGCUGACCCUGAUGAAGGGGCAAAUGGAGAAAUAGUUUAUAGCUUCAGCCCUCAAGUCUCUCCAGAGGUAUGUCAUCUUUUUAAAGUUGAUCCCAAAUCAGGCAGUAUAACUCUUGAAGGUAAAGUUGACUACGAAACUAAACAAACCUAUGAAUUUGAUGUACAAGCUCAGGAUUUGAGUUCUAACCCCUUGACAGCUUCCUGUAAAGUAACUGUUCAUGUUAUCGAUGUGAACGAUAAUGCCCCAGCUAUCACCAUCACUCCCCUGACUUCUGUGAAAAAGGGAAUAUCCUACAUAACUGAAUCAGCAGCUAAGGACAGCUUUGUGGCCCUGAUCAGCACUACAGACAGAGACUCUGGCCUAAAUGGCCAAGUUCACUGUACACUCUAUGGGCAUGAACAUUUUAAACUGCAGCAAGCCUAUGAGGACAGCUUCAUGAUAGUAACCACCUCACCUCUAGACCGAGAGAAGACAGCAGAGUACAACCUGACCAUGGUGGCUGAAGAUCUGGGAUUCUCUUCACUUAAAACAAUAAAGCAGUAUACUAUUAGGGUAAGUGAUGAAAAUGACAAUGUCCCUGAAUUCACUAAGCAAAUAUAUGCAGUAUCUAUUCUGGAAAAUAAUUCUGCUGGGGCUUACCUCACCACUCUGGUGGCCAGAGACCCCGAUUUUGGCCUCAAUGGCAAAAUAUCUUACAGACUGGUUGAUGCAAAAAUAAUGGGACAAUCCUUGUCUACAUUCGUUGCUAUUGAUCUGGACUCAGGUGUACUACGUGCUGUGAGGUCUUUGGACUAUGAAAAGCUUAAGCAACUGGACUUUGAAGUAGAAGCUGCUGACAAUGGUGUACCACAACUAUCAACUCGUACACAGAUUAAUAUCAAAAUAAUUGAUGCAAAUGACAAUGCACCUGUUAUUACAUUCCCCUUGCUAGAUAACGACUCUGCUGAAAUUACGCUGCCAAUCACUGCUCCAGAAAAUUAUCUAGUUUUGCAGAUGAAAGGCACAGAUAAGGAUGAAGGGCUGAAUGCUCAGCUGUUUUACUCUAUAGUACAAGACACCCAGAGACAUUUUGCUAUAAACAGAGUGACUGGUGAGUUAUCAUUAACCAGAAAAAUUGAUCCUUUGCCUGUUAAGGACCUCAGUAUUGUAAUUGCAGUCCAUGACAGUGGAAGGCCUUCAUUGCAUUGCAAUGCUACUUUAAAAUUUACUCUGACAGACUCACUACCCUCCAGUGUAGAGAUAGUUAUUAUGCAAUCAUCUGUAGAAGAACAGCAGCAGAAGGACCUCUCGAUUAUUUUCAUUGCGGUGUUAUCUGGGGGUUGUUCCUUGCUCCUUCUUGCCAUUUUAUUUGUGGCCUGCUCUUGUAAAAGGAAAUCCAGUAAUUCUAAGGUAGAUAAUGAACAGCAAAAGACAAAAGAAGUAAAAGACCAGCUACUAAACAAGACAGUUCCAACUAAAGAUACUUUAUCCAACUCUUCAAUGUCUAAGUCUGACUCUUGUCAGCUGUCAAUCAACACCGAGUCAGAGGAUGGCAGUAUGUUAUCAAGCACAGAACAUGGCAAGGACUGCCAGACAGCUUCAAAUAGUUCAGAUUCUGUACAAUUAUAUCAUUCAUCAAGUUUGGACCGAGACGGUACUACAAGGAGCCUAAGUGUGACUUGUCAAGUAGAACAAUUAAGUACAAAGGACAGUGGCAAAGGAGACAGUGACUUCAACGACAGCGACUCUGACACUAGUGGAGAAAGUGGAAAGAAGGACUAUGGCACGACCAUGCAAAAACCAACCAGUUCCACAUAUGUCGGAAACUCUGCAAUAUAUCAAGGGGCAGGAAGUAAUUUUAGCCAUCAUAGCAAAAAAGUUCCUUACCCCGGAAAUGUUACAGAUCAAUGUGAAAAAGGAUAUUCAAUGUCUUAUUCAUUAGUCCCCACUUACUACAACCCUUAUUACCACCCUAGAGUACCUAAUGUUCAUAUCCCUAACUAUACACUGAAAGACUCCUAUUACCAUAGCAACAACACACCAGAUGAGAGGAUGCACAGAGAGUUGAAACGGGAUAUGGGAAACAGAGGAACCACAAUACCUCCUCCCAGACUAUCCAGAGGAUACCAGGAAUCAAAUUAUUGUCCGACAAUCUCAUUACAACCAUGUGAAAUAGCAACCACCUUUUAAUCUUUUGUGGGAAAGGUAAUGGAACAAUUACAUAUGGCAGUAUGUUGGAGGUGGAGGUCUUUGUGUUAAGCUAAUAUGCAAUACGUAGGUACCUACCAGGAUUGCUGGUGGUACUUAGGGCAAUGCAGACAUAAUUGAUUAGACCUGUGAUCUAAAACUCCAAUGCUAGCACGUAAGCAGGUGUUCAAAUGCUCUGUAAAAACAUUGAUGCAGUCCCUUGAUCCUAGUAAGUACCUUGUUUAUCACCUAAUUUAUAUGCCUCAUGUAAUCUACUUGAUUUUCAACAUUAUAGAGCAAACAGUAUGUUCAGAGUGAGUAGCGCUGCAAGGAAACAAAAAGCUCUCAUGUACUGUAUAAACAAAACUGCAAAAAACUACUUAAAUGAGAAGAUAUGUAUAUGUAUAUGUUCUUUAAAAAAAAUGGCAUUGCACUUACCACGUGGUAGAUUGGUAGAUGUACAGACAUGAUCAGCUGCAAACCUAUCAUAUAAUUAUAAUCAAACAAACACUUUGAUACAUAGAACAGGAUGUUCGUUUUAGAACUGGUGUCAUAUGACUGUAAGAUUACACACACAUUAUCUUCCUAUCUUUUUAUUUGAAUU